AUGUUGCUAGGCGCUAUUAUUCUAGCAAUACUCCACAGUGGCGAAUGCUUGUCUGCCCAAGCAAAGGAUUCCCUCAAAAAGGCACUCCCUGGUGUCGAUCUCGAGGAACGCCGGGCGAGGCUAAAACGUCUUGGCACAUUGUACUUGAAGAAGUACAAUAUAACAUCACAAAAGCAACCAACGUCGCAAAACGGCCAAACAGAUAUUGGCUGGAGAAACAGGCGGAGAAGCGAUGGCGGGAGCAGAGAGCGCACCGGCGUUCCGAAACCGAAAUUGAGCAACAUCACGGAGCCCAGCCUUGAAGAAAUCAAUCAGGAUGAAGGCGUUGCUGACUACUUAUUCAACGGGGACAUCAACCUUACUGAGUAUCAAAUGCAGCUUCAUUCCAGAAAACAACUAGAAAUGAUCGAGCGCAGUUUGACUGAAAGCAACAUGACCCGCCACAAACGUCAAAUGGAUUCUGUCAAUCCACGAUGGCCGAACAACCAGCUGUUUUAUGAGUUUCAUAGUAGCACAAGUAUGAGAGCCUUACGAUCUUCAACCUUGAACUUGAACGGCACAGUCCACUCUGAUAGCUUCGGAAGGGUUGCCAAUGGACAGAUCCUCUCUGCACCCCCUUACCACGACAAUAAGUCACUUCUGGAAGCACCUGUCUCCGCCCUUGCUAUCAGCAUGGACGAUGGCGCCCAGCUUUACCUUAAAGUUGGCAUCGCUGCGCACGAGUUCAUGCAUGCUCUGGGAUCGUGGCACAUGCAUAUGCGUGGCGACAGAGACGACUUCCUCAUCGUUGAUCUGACUAACGUGCCGGCAAGCAAACAAGGAAACUUUGCUAAGCUCGGCCCCGACAGUACCAUCAACUACACGCCUUACGAAUAUGGCAGCGUCAUGCAUUAUGCAGCUAAUUUGUUCACAACGAAGGGUUACUCGCUGAAGCCUCGCCUUGGGCGAUAUCUUCAGACUGAAGGAACGCGAGUGAUUUCAUUCUUUGACAUGAUGAUGCUGAAAAGUGAAAAAAAAAAAGCGAUCACUAUGGAUGCCACACCAGCCGGGUGCGGCGAAACCCUGGUAGCUACCGCUGCAUGGAAGACAAAAACAUUCACCUUCGGAAAUGCAGCUGUUAAGACCCAACGUGACAAUUAUAUGAGAUGCAAUCACUGGAUAAGGUAUGGGCAGAGAGUCCCAUUGGAGAGAAGCACGAGCGCGUGUUUUUUAGCCCCUGUGGCAGACAAAGAUUCAGUGCGAGUGACAGCAUUCAAAAAUGUACAGUGUGGUGUUGGAUGUAGAGUGAAUUCGAUUGAACUCAAAACUUUGCCGAACAAAAGGAUGACAAAUCCGAGGUAA